CGAACAGCCUGGUAUCGCAUAUCCCAUCAUUGAUGGUAUUCCUAAGAUGAUCCCACAAGAUGCAAGAAUGAUCCAUAAGAGUGCAGCGACUGAAAAACCCACUCAAUCUUGAAUUUAUAAAGCUAAUACUUCACUCUUCAUUUUCUGUCACAAUGUUUUUCUCCCUGUCUACAGUGACUGUUCUUGUACCACUGAUAUCUUUGUCUGGACUUUUUUACUCCGCAGCAGUGGAUGAAAAUUUCCCUCAAGGCUGUACGAGCGCAAGCAGCGUGUGUUUCUACAGCCUGCUGCUGCCAGUAACAAUUCCUGUCUAUGUUUUCUUUCACCUUUGGAAGUGGAUGGGAAUCAAGCUGUUUAGACACAAUUAAAACUGUACAACGGUGAGACUGUUUUAACUGUAGGAACUUUUGUGUACAAUGCUUGCUUGUAAACAAACUGAACAUUCAUAUACUGAAUAAACAUUGAAGCAAAUGAUGUAAAAUGCAGAAUAACAAA